AUUCUUAUACCAAGCUGGACAACAAGCGGCUGUGUAUUUCAGUCCACUGUUUAGCCUCCCUACUAUUUCUGUGAAUAUGACGGUCGAUAACUCCACUGUGGACUCAGUGCUGAAGAAUAAAACUUCUUUUUAUGUGGACAUAAGCGGCUGCAGAAACCAAAACGCCGGUUUUAAGACUGGAGAAAUAAUGUUCAACAGCUCAGAAACCUGCUCCCAAUUGGUCUGUUCAGUUGAAUCAUCUGGAGUCAGUGUCAGUACAUGUGGAUCAGAGGAGUCUUGCAUCGGCAACAACAUGUGCGUAAGAGCCGCUGACGUGUGCACUGUGACUGCCUCCAGCAUCAUCGAUUUCUCCAGCAGAGUCCACUCUGUCCCUGAUCGCUGCGUAUACAGUCUGAUGAAGCCUCUAGGAAGCUCAGCCUUCAACCUACUGGCGGGUUUCCGUGAGCGCCGCCGCCAAGAUGUGGCGUUUUUGGACCACUUGAUACUGUCGCUGAAUGGGUCAAUUGUCAAAAUGGAGCAAGGUGGAAGAGUCCGGGAUGGUCAACAAACGCUAACGCUCAACGCCACGGGUCAGGUGGUUCACGGGGUGGAGCUCUCGAAGAACCAGACUGGAGUUACUGCCAAGAUUCCUUCCAUCAACGCCACAGUCUUUUUUGAUGGCAACACUGCACAUGUGACAGGACAUUUUGGAGCUAUGGAGGGCUUGUGUGGCAACCCCGCUGAUUCCAGUCAGAACUUCACCCUGAGUGCAGCCAAGUCCUCUAAUGACAGUGCAGACAGCUGCGAGACUCUGCACAACCAAACCGCUGACAGCUCGAUCAACUGCACCCGCACAACUGAAUACUGCAAUCUCAUAAAGCAGGCCCCCUUCACUGUUUGCCACAACCACUCUGACCCUGAGCCCUUCGUAACCGCCUGCACAGGCACUCUGUGCAAAUAUCCAGCGGUGGACGGCCUCAAUAAGUGCCAGUUUUUGGAGGCUUACGCCGAGUCCUGCCGCCUGAAAGUGACCAUCACAGUGGGGAACUGGAGGUCAAACACCGACUGCUCUGCUGUCCCUCAGGCCUCCUGUCAGGACAAGUACUGCAGUGCUCAUGAGUUCUGCGGUGAGAAGCUCGGUUCGACCAGCUGCCUCUGUCGGGCCAUUUUCGCUGCCAAGUACAACUCAACAAACUCUUUAGGCGAGCCGACAGUCUGCACGCAGAACUCGGCCACUCUCACUCUGGCUGGUUGUCUGCUGACGGACAAAGGCAUCGACUACUCCGCCUUACACCUCAAGGACCAGAACUGCACAGGUCACAUAGACAGCGAGACCCACAUGGUGACGUUCAGCUUCAACAGCAGCAACGCCUGCGGGGCGGAGGUUAUGGUGGGUACUGUCCUCCAGCAGGGGCACAAACUCUCUGUGGUGAAGCAGAUUGUAUCUGGAGCUUGGAAUUACACUGUGACGAUGAACGCCUACAACGACUCCGGCCACAAGAACCUCGUCAACGCAAACACUGAGGUCGGGCUGAACCAGAAGAUCUGGGUGGAGCUGAAGACAGAUGGGCUGGACAACAACACAGUCGCCGUGGUCACCGACUCCUGCUGGGCAUCCAACGACUCCUCACCCAAUGGGACCCUGCGAUACGACCUUGUCAAAAACGGAUGCCCGAACGCUGCUGACAAGACAGUGAUGACUGAGGGAAACGGAGUGGGAACGUCCAACGGCUUCUCUUUCAACAUGUUCGAGUUCUCUGGGAAAACCGGCGACAUCUACCUGCACUGCAAAGUGGAGCUGUGCCUCACACAGAGCAAUGCCUGUGCUCCGAGCUGUGGAGGUGGCAGGAAGCGCAGAUCUCUCAGGUCCAAAUAUGCCGAUGGAAACCCAGCCCUCAUCUCUAUGACCUGGACUAAGUAGAUGAUUCCUGACUCAACCUUCAUCCCAAUGAGGAGCCUGAAAGCACGCUGGUUAUGAAACAAUGUUUGAAGUUCUUUAUUUCCCAGUAGCUGCACUAAGGUAGCAGCUACUCUUCAUAUAAAACAAGACAUAUAACAUAUAUAGAACGUGUUUCGGACAAGAUAGAUGUUCACGUCGGUUAAUUAAGGUUGGGGUUUUUGUUCAUGUGUUUUUACUGUUGCUGUGAAAUAUGAUAUAAUUAUCAUAACACUGAUCUUCAUUGGAUCCACCUGAGAAGGAUCAUGUUAUUUCUGCAGAAUUGGUGCUGAGUCAAUCCAAUGAUUCAGGCCAAUUAAUAAUGAGAGUGGAACAAAAUCUUUGGUGAAAUAAUAAUAAUAGAAGUGAAGUGUGCAAUGAAGAAAAAUACCGUAAAACUUUGAUUAAAAGCAGGUUCCCAAUUCGACACGCCAUUUUAAAAAGGAGUUUAUACAGAAUAAAAUAUUUUUUAUGUUACAGACUGUAAAUUACACAGAAAACCACAAAUAUACCAUAUCUCACUACGAUCAUACGGUAUUUUCAUGUGGCAAAACUGUUGCUUUUGAUGGUAAAAACUGGUGUGACUGUAAAACCAACAGUACUAAACUCCUUUACCGUAAUUAUAGAAAAACUCUACUGUGUUUAUUUACAGUGUAGAAGCCUGUCCCGUUUAAAGGCCUGCCCGUAUAGAAGCCUGCCUCAUGGACGCCAAGUUAGCUCCGUGGCUAGAGCUGGCAACCCAUGUACGGGGGCUGAGUCCUUGCUGCAGCGGCCAAGGGUUUGAAUCCGACCUGCGGCCCUUUGCUACGUGUCAUCCCCUCUCUCUGUCCCCCUUUCAUGUCUAUAUUCAGCUGUCUCUAGCUGGCAAUAAAAAGCCCCUCCCCCCAAAAAAGGCCUGUCCCAUAUAGAAGCCUGUCCCUUUAAAGGCCUGUCCCGUUUAAAGGCCUGUCCUAUAUAGAAGCCUGUCCCUUUAAAGGCCUGUCCCAUAUAGAAGCCUGUCCCUUUAAAGGCCUGUCUCGUUUAAAGGCCUGUCCCAUAUAGAAGCCUGUCCCAAAUAAAUAAAAAUUGAAGUUUUACGGUAAUGGUGGUUUACAGGGUUUCAUUUACUACAUGCACUACUUCCUGGUACUGUGGGCUCUUUUAUAAAACAUAUAUAAUUUCUUCUUCACUAUGAUGUUAACCGCCUACUUUAACUGUACACAGCCUAAAUGCUACCUCGUGAAUGCAGAAAGUUCUGUGUUUUGGUGACAUGAAGUUAAAAGAAGUCUGUCAGGCUCAGCUGAAAGAAGCUUUGCAGCAAGAAGGUUUAGCGAUCCAGUGGAAGGAAAAUACGCCACAUUAAAAUGGUGUUUAUUAGUAGAUUGAAGUUACUGUGAAUGAAGAUUGAUUACACUGUUGUACUAUUACUAUUAGCAUAUUAAAAACCAAAAAAAUGUAAUAAAGGAAGUGGGAGAAUACAAA